UCAGCUCCUGAGGCAUUUGUACUCUUGGACUUCAACACUGAGGAUCCACAGAUUUUACUUUUUAUACUGUUUCUCGCUGUUUACCUUGUAACAAUGGUGGGGAACAUCCUCAUUGUUAUUCUAGUCACCUUUGACCCCCACCUUCACACACCCAUGUACUUCUUCUUGGGGAACCUUUCCUGUCUGGAGACCUGCUAUAGCUCAGCUAUCCUGCCAAGAAUGCUGGCUAGUUUUCUGAGUGGGGACAGAACUAUAUCGGUUAGCGCAUGCCUUGCACAAUUGUAUUUAUUUGGGGUUCUUGCAGGCACAGAAUGUUAUUUUCUAGCAGUAAUGUCUUAUGAUCGUUACUUAGCCAUUUGCAAACCACUGCAUUAUGUGUUGCUCAUGAACGGCAGAAUGUGCAUCCUGCUGAUUGCUGUGUCCUGGAUAUGUGGAUCUCUGGGUAUCAGUGUCCUAAUAUUCUUGGUGUCUCGGCUGACUUUUUGUGGACCCAAUGAAAUCAACCAUUUCUUCUGUGAUUUCACACCAUUAGUAAUGCUCUCUUGUGAUGAUACUAAUUUGGUUGAAGCUAUAGCAUUCACAGUUUCCUUUAUAUGCACUCUGCCCCCACUUUUGAUCACCCUCACCUCUUAUGUGUGCAUCAUCCAUAGCAUUUUAAGAAUCCCAUCCACUAUAGGGAAACAAAAAGCCUUCUCCACUUGCUCCUCACACCUCACUGUGGUGUCUUGCUUCUAUGGCUCUCUGAUGAUUGUCUAUGUCUUACCAGACAUCAGCUCUCUGAGUGAGGUAAAGAAAUUGUUCUCUGUGUUCUACACACUUCUUACUCCUCUGCUGAAUCCACUCAUAUACAGCUUGAGGAAUAAAGAGGUAAAGGAAGCAGUGAGGAAAAGCUUUGGGAAACUUCAGAAACUUAAAAUCCAGAAGAGAAGGAGGAAAAGGAAGCUUUGA